AUGUCUGGAUGGGAUCAAGGUCAAGUAUUUGUUAGUGGAGGAGGAGGACAUAACAAUGCAAAGGUGUUGGAUGGCGAUACACUACAUUACAAAGCAUCGUUUCUUCGAUUCAUUCGUGGUUGGAAGAAUCAAAACAAUGCAUUCAUCUAUCGUGAACAACUCAUACAACACUUUGAACUUGAGAAAUACUAUCUCGAAGUAAACAUGGAUCAUCUAACUCAAUUUGAUCAAGAUUUAGCUUCUUCUUUAUUAUCAAAACCAAAUGAAGUUGUUCCAACUUUUGAAAUGGCAGCCAAAGAAGCAAUUAAAAUGAUGAAUUUUGCAAAAGAAGAUAAAGAUAUUCCAGACAUUCAAGUUUUGUUUACAAGUUCGGCAGAUGCAACUGCCAUUCGUACAUUAAAGGCACACCAAAUUGCAAAGAUUGUAAAGAUACCUGGUAUUGUUAUAUCUGCAUCACGUACUCAACCAAGACCACUCUCAAUCACUAUUAAAUGUCGUGGUUGUAAACAUGAAAAGACUAUUCAUAUUUCACCUGGUAUCAAUACAAAUCCUUUACCUCAAGGUUGUGAUAAUCCUCAACAACAAUUAGAAUCAAAACAAUGCCCAAAUAAUCCAUAUGAUAUAUUACCUGAAAAGAGUAAAUUUGUAAAUCAACAAUUAUUAAAAUUACAAGAGAGUCCAGAGACUAUACCAACUGGAGAGAUGCCAAGACACAUUCAAUUGUCGGUAGAUAGGUUUUUGGUGGAGCGUGUGACACCUGGCACGCGUAUUACAGUGGUUGGCGUAUUUGGUAUUUACGCAGGACAGGGUGGACGAAAAAAGGAAAUGUCUGGGUUGGCUACUAUUAGAACACCAUAUAUCCGGGUGCUUGGUAUGUUGUCAAACGACCAGGCAGGUCGAUCUGCACAUAUAUUUACACCACAGGAAGAAGAUGCAUUUAGAAAGUUUGCAACUAAAUCGGAUCUAUUAGAGAUUCUAUCGAGCUCUAUUGCACCGUCUAUUUAUGGACACCAAGACAUUAAACGUGCUAUUGCAUGUCAAUUGUUUGGUGGCAGUCCCAAGAGACUACCAGAUCGUAUGAAACUAAGAGGUGAUAUCAAUCUAUUGCUUUUGGGUGACCCCGGUACCGCCAAAUCACAACUACUAAAGUUUGUGGAAAAGGUGGCACCCAUUGCAGUAUACACAAGUGGAAAGGGCAGUAGUGCUGCCGGUCUCACAGCAUCGGUCAUCCGUGAACCGUCAACCGGCGAGUACUACCUUGAAGGUGGUGCUAUGGUCGUUGCAGACGGUGGUAUAGUCUGUAUCGACGAGUUUGACAAGAUGGAUGUAAACGAUCGUGUCGCUAUCCACGAAGCUAUGGAACAACAAACCAUCUCUAUUGCCAAAGCUGGUAUCACUACCAUUUUAAAUUCUAGAACUUCUGUACUUGCUGCUGCUAAUCCUGUUUUUGGUAGAUAUGAUGAUUUAAAAACUGCUGGUGAGAAUAUUGAUUUUCAAUCAACUAUAUUAUCAAGAUUUGAUUUAAUUUUUAUAGUUAGAGAUCCAAAAGAUUCAAAAAGAGAUAUGGAAAUUGCAGAUAAAGUAUUACAGAAUCAUAUGAAUGCAGCUAGUACAGACGCCAAUACAGAGUUGGAUUUAAACUUUUUAAAGAAAUAUAUUACAUUUUGUAGAACUAGAUGUAGUCCUCGUUUGUCAGAGGAUGCAGUAGAGGCACUGAUGAAUCAUUAUGUGUCGGUGAGAGCGACGGUACGUGAAAAUGAAAUGAAUGGACAACCUGGUGCCAUUCCAAUCACGAUUCGUCAACUCGAAGCCAUUGUUAGAAUUUCAGAGUCUUUGGCCAAAAUGUCACUCUCCAACACUGCAUCAAGUCGUCAUGUUCAAGAAGCUAUCCGUCUCUUUACCAUUUCCACAUUUGACGCUAUCACCACCAACAGUGCUAUGGGUGAACAAUUGACACCCCAAAUGGUCGAAGAUAUCUCCAAGGCAGAAACUCAAAUCAAAAGAAGAAUUGCAAUUGGCUCCAAAGUCAGUCUCAAAAAAGUUGUCGAAGAAUUAAGUUCCUUUGGACAACUAUCAACCUAUUCCAUUAGAAAAGCUUUUGAUAUCAUGGUUAAAAGAGAUGAAAUGGAAUAUUUUUAUCAAGGUAAAAUUGUUCAUAGAAAGAAUUAA